AUGUUUAAGCGCUUUACAUUGUUCUAUAAGUUUAUUCUUUUAACUUCAGACAGUAUUGGAAUUAAUGAUAUAUUUAUUAAAAGGAAUAAAACAUCAAUAUUUUUUGAUAAAGAAUGUGCUAUUUUGAAAAAAUUAGUUAACACAAAUACUUUCAUUUAUAAUAACAAAAAAAAAUUCUUAAAUGAAAAAUCGAUAAACGAUAAAUUAAUAAUUUUAUUUAAAUGUUUAUAUAAAAUUAUUUUUAAAAUAAAUAUAAAAUUAUCUAAUCAAAGAUAA